UAUGGCGGUUUGUAUAGCUAUUCUAACGAAAGACAACUGCCCCCUGUACCUAACCUGCGAGAACACGGAGGAUUCUCUAAAGAUGCACUUUCUUGUGCACACUUCUAUUGAUGUAAUAGAGGAGAAACUGAACUCAACCAAGGCUGCUAACGAUCCUAGGGACCUGUAUUUGGGACAGCUCUACCCAAACGAGGAUUACAGGAUAUUUGGAUACGUUACAAACACAAAGAUUAAAUUCGUUGUACUGGAGUCAGUAAACCACCCAAUAAAGGAUGGAGAUAUCAGGCAGUUGUUUAGUCGGAUACACAGUGCCUACAUAUCACUGGUCUGCAAUCCUUUCUAUAUGCCAGGAGACCCUAUCAGCAGUGUUCCCUUCAAGAAGACCAUAUCAGGGUUGUUGAGAAGUAACUAUAUGAGUGCUCGGAUAUCAUGAGAACACGUGGUAUCACGUGGUUAUUAGUGACCAAUAAGUGACUAAUAAGAUGGUGUUGAGAUGUCAGAUGUCAUGUUUUGGUGAGAUUGUCAAUUGCCGGGUUGAAUAGGAUAUCAGUACUGACCCGGCCUCUUCCAUUUUUUUUGUUGAUGUUGACUGCUGGAUGAUGUAAUGAAUAAAUUCUAUGACAUCCAUUUUAACUUCGAGAAUUUACCAGUGAACGUUUUUAGAUA